GUGCCAUUUGUUCCGCUUUUUUUAAGUACUUUAUAUAAAAGAACCCAAAAAAAUUCAACUUCUCAUUAAAAUGUUGCUUUUAACAGUAUUUUUGUCUCUAUUAAGUUCUUGUUUGCCAGAGAUUGUAAAAUUGAACCACUAUCCAUUCAUAGCAACUUUGGGUUAUGGAAAUAACCGUAAUUUUUGUGGUGGCUCUUUUGUGAGCGAAAGAGUUUUUUUAACAGCUGCUUCGUGUAUGACAGGUUUGAAAUUAGAGGAAAUAUUUUCGGAAAUGUACGUUGAAAGCUUUCCAAACAAGUAUAAAGUACAAAAUAUUAUAACUCAUCCACAAUUUGACGCAGACGAAUGUGAUUCCCCUGAUCUUGCUUUGCUCUACUUAAAACAGCCAACUCUAUUUAGCAUUAUGCUAAGUAUUAUGACUCUUAAACCCAAUUUACCUAUUAGCAUAGGCUCAAUUAGUCAAAAUGCUAUUGUCUUUGCAAUUUACAUUGAUACUGGAGCAAAACAUGCAUUCAUGAAAGAACUUCUAACUGUUACUUCUGAAGAAGGAUUUUGUGAUAGUACUGAAGGUACUUUUUGUGCUAAAAACAUAAAUCCAAGCAAUCCUUGUGUUAACACAUUUGGGGGACCAGUUAUAAAUACUGAUAAAGAAUUAGUUGGAAUAAUUCCUUAUGAUGCUAAGUGUAUGUCAAGUCACGCUGAAGAAUUUAUAAGGUUAUCAUAUUAUAAGAAGUGGAUAAAAGACACGGUGAAAAAAUUAACUUCAGCACGUUGUAAUCUUGGAUUUUAA